AUGAAGUUCUCCCUCGCUGCUAGCACUCUUGGCCUCGCUGCCCUCGCUCUUGCUGCUCCAGCCGAGUUUGAGGUCCGCGGCGGUAGCAGCGGUGGUGGUUGGGGCAGCGGUGGUGGUGGUGGCGGCGGCGGCGGCGGUGGCUCUACGCCGCCAUCCAACACCCAAAACAAUAACCAACAAUGUGGACCUAACGAAUCGAACGUCUGCUGUGAAAGCGGCGCCUGCUACGUCGCCCAGGGAUCAAAUGAUGGCUCCAGCAACUCUGUGAGCUGCAGUCAAACCAACUCCGCCACCGUCUACUGCUGCCAGACCAACUCUUCACCUGGCUCGCUUAUCAAUAUCCAAGCUCUCAACUGUAAUGAGAUCGGAAGUAUCCCUGUCACCAUCCCUGUCAGUGUGGGGAAGAAGAAAUAG